AUGCUCAUGAACCGCCUCCUCGAAGCAUGGGGCAUCGACCCGACAGCCGCGGGCGCCAACCAACCUGCGACCGAGGAAGCUGUGGCCAAGCUCAGCACGUUUGCGGCGGGGCAAGCAGCGACAACCGAGGUUGGCAUGGUCGUCGAUGGGAUCAAAGGCGAGGUCAUCUUGGUUCCCGCCAACUUUGGUCCGUGCGUGUCCUUGCUCAAAUCCGACCUCGUCGUCGCGACUCCCUUCAACGGCGCGUCUCACUUGACCUGCGACGUCCAGAGCAAGAUUGUACUGAUGGAGCGGGGGGCGUGUACCUUUGCCAACAAGAUCCUUCGCGCGCAGACCGCGGGGGCGGCGGCCGUCAUCAUCGUGCAGACCGCCGACGUCUGGCCGUACACGAUGACCGACUCGUCGGGCGAGGGCGUGGGCAUUACGAUUCCGGCCUUUAUGAUCAGCGCCAAGCAGGGCAAAGGCCUCGUCGAGUAUGUUGCCCAUCAUGCGACGAAAGCAACGAUCGAGGUCCGUCUCAAUGCGCGCGAGUGCGUGAUUUGCCAAGUCGAAGUCACAAACGGCAAUCAAGUGAGCCGCAUGCCGUGCCAGCACAUGUUCCACACCGACUGUCUCGCGCAGUGGCUGCAGAUCCGCAACAGCUGCCCCAUUUGCCGCGUCGAGAUUGCGUCCAAGAACGGCCGGGCCAAGACGGACGCGGACCGGAACUUUCUCUGGAGCGACUGGAUGUCCUAA